AUGGUCCAUAAACAUGCAUUUGAAGCUUUAGAUAGGACUAUGUCUGACGUGUUUACUGAUGGUAGGAGUAUUCGAUCUGAUGUUCCGUUUGGAGGGAAAGUUUUUGUAUUCGGCGGUGACUUUAGACAAAUCCUACCAGUUAUUCCUAAUGGUACUAGACAACAAAUAGUUUGUGCCUCUUUAAGCUCUUCAUAUAUAUGGUCAAAGUGCAAACUGUUAAGGUUGACUAAAAACAUGCGCCUAACAAUUGGAGCUGAUAGUUCUGAUAUGGACUCUAUUAGGGAUUUUGCGAAAUGGCUGCUUGAUAUUGGGGAAGGUAAGUUGGGAGAUGAUAACGAUGGUGAAGCAAUUAUUGAGAUACCUGAUGAUCUAUUAAUCACCGAUAGUUCUGAUCCAAUACAAAGCUUAAUUGACUUCGUCUACCCUUCAAUUAUGCAACAAUUUCGGAAUCCUGGUGAUGCUAAAGAGUAUUUGAGUUCCGAUAGCAUAUGUCAAACUGAACAAAUGCUUGAUUCAUUUCAAGAAGGUUUAUACUCAACAGAAAAUUUGAAUGCUCUUAAGAUUUCUGGGUUGCCUAAUCAUAGAUUGGUUCUUAAAGUUGGUGUUCCUGUUAUGCUUCUUCGCAACAUCGAUCAACAGAAAGGUUUAUGUAACGGUACAAGGCUAAAAAUUACUUUUUUAGGCAAACGAGUAAUAGAAGCUGAAGUGAUAUCUGACGGUAAUAUCGGCACAAGAGUUUUCAUUCCAAGGCUCAAUAUGAUUCCGUCUGACAAAAAAAUACCAUUUGAAUUUCAAAGAAGACAAUUUCCUCUAUCAGUUUGUUUUGCCAUGACAAUUAACAAGAGUCAAGGUCAAUCCUUAUCAAAAGUUGGUCUUUAUUUGAAAGAUCCGGUGUUCACUCAUGGUCAGUUGUAUGUGGCAUUAUCAAGGGUUAAGACCAGAGAAGGAGUUAAAAUAUUGAUAUUCGAUGCUGAUGGAAAACCAACAAAUAAGACGUCCAAUGUGGUCUAUAAAGAAGUCUUUGGUAGCUUAUAA